UUCUCCAAGGUCACUGUCAUUUUCAACACAAAAACCUCACUUAUCAAUUUCAUUUAAAAUUUUUAACAAUAACAACAACAAUCAAAAUAAUUUUCUACUUUUUUAAUAAAAAUCCAACUUACCCCAGUUAAGACUUGUAAAAAACAUUCAGGUUGUGACACAAUAAUUCCUUAGCAAUGGUGCGCCCAUGGAGUUCCGAUUUAAUUGGAGUAAUAAAAGGCGCUCAAUUAGUCGGAAAUGCAUUUUUAAAACACCAAAAAGAUUGUAUUAAAAAUGUUGUUGUUAAUUCAAGUGUAAAAUCUGCUGCGGAGGCGAAUUUAAAAGGAGUUGUUGAAAAAUUUCGAGAUAUUGAUCCAAGUAAGGUUCCACAAAAAUUAUACACAGAGACAAAAGAUCUUCUGGAUAGGCUUUGCGUAGUUGAAAAAGGAAUCCGAGAGUAUACAAAACAAUCAGCCUUAGAAUUAACAGGAGUACCUUUAGAAAAAAGUCAUUUAGGUUCUAAGUUAGAAGUUUUAAAUCCCGCAAAAGACCCUCGAGAAAUAAAGCCAAAAAAUGAAGAGCCACCACCAGCAUCACCAGCAUCACCAGCAUCACCACCAUCUACUGAACCAACUGUCGUAGAAGUUUCCAUCAAGUACAGCAGCGUCAAAGAAAAAAUAGAGACGAUUGGUACCCUGGAAAAAACUAUUCCUAAAAUAGAAUUGAGUGAUAAAGACAAACAACUGCUAAGGAAACUCGAAAUUGAACAUGAAAAAAAAAUUGGUGAUAAGACAGAAGGUGAAAUUAUUGAACCGAAGGUUCAAGUAACUUUGAGUGAGAAAAUUAUUGAACCAGAUGCUAAGAGACCUGUUGUUAAACCACGAGUUACUUUAUCAACAGAAGCAAGAGAAAGAAAAGUACCAAGCACUAGAAUAGGAAGAAUGGCUAGUUUUGCAACUCUAGGAGUUGGAUUAGGUAUUGGAACUCUUGCUGAGUUCAGCCGAAGGACUUUUGGUCUCAAAGAAGAAACUAGCGUUGGAAAUACUUUGGAUAAUGUUUUUUUGACUAAAGCUAAUGCUGAGAGAAUUGUUGCUACGCUUUGUAAAGUUAGAGGAGCUGCAUUGAAAAUCGGACAAAUUUUAAGUAUCCAAGAUAACAAUGUAAUCAGUCCAGAACUUCAAAAAGCUUUUGAAAGGGUCAGACAAAGCGCUGAUUUUAUGCCAACUUGGCAAGUUCAUAAAGUGUUAGUAAAUGAACUAGGUCCCGAUUGGAGAUCCAAAGUAUCAACUUUCGACGAAAAGCCAUUUGCAGCAGCAUCAAUAGGUCAAGUUCAUCUAGCGACUCUCUCAAAUGGACAAUCAGUCGCUAUGAAAAUCCAGUACCCUGGAGUCGCAGAAGGAAUUCAAAGUGACAUUGAUAAUUUGGUGGGUGUAUUAAAAGUCUGGAAUAUUUUCCCCGAGGGAAUGUUCAUUGACAAUGUAGUUGAGGUUGCUAAGCGUGAAUUAUCCUGGGAGGUUGAUUAUAUCAGAGAAGCUGAGUGCUCCAAGAAGUUUAAAGAAUUAUUGGCGCCUUAUCCUGAUUAUUAUGUCCCUAAAAUUGUUGAUGAGCUGUGUUCUAAUCAAGUAUUAACCUCAGAAUUAAUCGACGGAGUACCAGUAGACAAGUGCAUAGAAAUGGAUAUAGAAACUCGCGAGCACAUAUGCAAAUUAAUAAUGCAUUUAUGCCUAAAAGAACUCUUUGUAUUUUACUACAUGCAGACGGAUCCUAACUGGGCGAAUUUUUUCUACAACCCAGAGACCAAAAAAAUGAUUCUUCUGGACUUUGGAGCUUGCAGGUCUUAUGAAAAAAAAUUUAUGGAUAAUUAUAUUGAAAUUAUCAACGGAGCGAGUUAUGGAGAUCGAGAUAAGGUGCUCAGAUUGUCCAGAGAAAUGAAAUUCUUGACCGGGUAUGAGUCUAAGCUCAUGGAAAAGGCUCAUGUAGACGCUGUUAUGAUUCUCGGGGAGAUUUUCAGCGAGAAAAAUGACGCUUAUGACUUCGGCGGGCAAAAUGUUACCAAAAAAAUGCAAGCUUUGGUGCCAACAAUUAUUACUCACCGACUCUGUCCACCCCCGGAAGAAAUUUACAGCUUACAUAGAAAACUCUCAGGCGUGUUUUUACUAUGUGCAAAAUUAAAAGUCAAAAUUAAUUGCAGAGACAUGUUCCGUGACAUUUAUAAAAAUUAUCGCUUCGGAUAAUUAUAUAUUUUACUUACAAAUUGUUGAAUAUUUUUAAUUUUUUUGAACAUAAAAUAUUGUAAAUAAACGCUUGCUAUUAUAUAAGUAAUUUGACCAUUAAGUUUUUCAACUGAUCAAAUUUAAUUAUAUAAUUGAUGAAUUUA